AUGAAAAAGUUAUUUUUUUUAACAAUUAUAUUUUCCUUUAUUUUUCAGAAGGCUAUAAAAGGACAAACAUGUAUUAAAAGUUUGUCUAGUUUUAAUAUAAGGGAUUUAACCAUAGCUAAUUUUCUUCAUGCUCAUAAUGAAGAUUAUGAGGUUUUAGGUAAAUGGAUUCAUUUCUUUUUCAGUCAUUUUGACAAUGAUAAAGAUCUUAUGAAAUUUAUGUCAACUUUUGAUAUUAAAUCAUUAGAUCUUUUAGACAGAUCAUGCAUAAAAAGAGCACUUACUAUAUAUUUACUUCACUAUUACUCUAAUACUAUAAAAAAAAUGUCAAAUGAUGGAACCUAUGUAAGUUAUUUUAAAAAUAUAUUUGAAGGCUAUAGUUCUUUAACUUCCGAAUUUAUUAGGGUUAUUGCAGAUCGUCAUUACAUAAAUCUUUUGGAUACUAUUAUAGUUAAUAAAGAAAAAACUAAAAUUCGUAGUGCAAUUUUUCCUUUAAAAACUUUCAUUAAAGCAAGUAAAAAAGGAGAUUACUCAUUAGAAGAAAAUAAAGCUAAAAUGAAUUUUUCAGAUGCAAAUAACUUUAAAUUUAAAUUUUUAGAUAAUAAAAAAUUAGUAACUUCUGUUAAUGAAGCUAAAGCCAUACAAGACUUUAAUUUACUUGGUAUGUUAGGCGUUAAAGAUCUUUAUUACAAUUCUGAUAUAACAAGAUCAGUAGAAGGAGUUUUUUAUGUUUUUAAUAAAAAUAAAAGACUUGGACUAAGAAGACGUAGUGGAAAAUAUGAUAUAUAUAGUAAGGAAGGAAAUUCAAAAGUAUUUGGUAAUUGUAUAAAAGAUAAUCAUUUUUAUCAUGGAUCUGUAGAUGAUUUAGCAACUUUUUUUUUCUCAAAUAUGAAAAUGAAGAUGGUAAAAGGCCAUAAAAAAUUUCUGGAUGAUUUUGAACUUGCUUUAAAUAAAAAGACAUACAAAAUGCCUAAAUUGAAAGGGUUUAGAUUUAUCAAACAACUUUUUAGUAGAAAAAACUUCAAGAAUUUUAUAAAAUUGUAUGCUAACCAUGUAUCAACAGAAUUAGCUUUCUUAACACAGGAUUUUCAAAAUUUAUUUGACAUUACGUUACAAUGCCAAAUAAAAAACAUAAAUCGUGCAGGAACUAUAUAUUAUAUUUUGAAAUAUAGAAAUGCUUUGUAA